CCACCAUGUUCCUUUACCAGCUUUUCAACUUCUUCUUCGCCGCCUCCCAAAAAGAGGAGAAAUCUAAGUAUGACCUGUCCCUUUACAAGCGUGGUGACCUGUUGGAGGUCCCCAGGACGUUAUUCACCCAUUUUGGUAUUUACUUAGGUGACAAUCGGGUGGCACAUCUUAUCCCGGACAUCCUGCCUGUGAUUACAAAGAACAAAUCCAAAAUUGCCAAGAUGGUGACCAAUAAUCGGCUGCUGUUAGGGGUAAUCACUAAGGUGGCCAGCGUCAGAGUGGACUCAGUGGCAGAUUUUGCCUAUGGCUCAGAUAUUUUAAUCAACCACAUGGACAAAGUGUGUAGCCAGCCGCCUCUGGACGGGGAUGAGGUGGCACGAAGGGCAGAGAAACUCCUGGGGAAGGUCACCUACAGCCUGCUGUGGUACAACUGUGAACACUAUGUCAUGUACUGCAGAUACGGUAUGGCCAUCAGCUACCAGACCUACCAGUUCUGCACAACGGUACGGAAGAUAGUGUGCAGCAGGAUGUGUGCCUAUUUAACUGCCCUGUGUGGAACAGGAAUCAUGGUGUAUCUGGGCUGUGUGAUGCCUUGGACUGUGUCACUCACCGUGCUCAUCUCCUUCACCAUCUGGAUGGCAGCGUAAUGACCUCUGUCUGCUGAGAAAAACAAAGACUCUAAUUUAACACACCGCUGGAAGCUGCAAUGACCUCCUGUGCUUUAGCUGCUGAAUGUGACUAAAAGCAAUGGGACACAUAUAUAACAUGUUGUGAAUAUUUUGUAUUUACUUAAGUUUUACAUUUCUUUGCAUUUAUAAAA